CCUCCUGAAAAAGAAGUGCGCAGCUCCGCAGCACGGCAGAGGGGGCUCUCCACUGAAAACCGCAAAACCUGGACUAAUUUAGACAACCACCGGCUCUUAUUGUCAUUCUUCAACAACAAACAUGACAGCCACUAUUAUUUCUCCAUUCUUCGAUUACAGAGAAGACUCGAACAAGAACAGUAAGAUGCUUGACAACUACAGUAACAACAACAACAACAGUCUUGGUGGACCUCAGCUGGCGUCUGUCCAAUGCUCCAUUGCCAGCCUAUCCUCAUGCAGCCCCACCGGGUCCCUGCUGGACAGGAAAGUGGUGGGGGCCCCCUCUGCAGAAGGCCUGUUCCAGCGCCGUCACUCCGUCAGCCUCCCCAGUCCGAAGUUCAGCCAUGACCAGUUUGUCAACAUCGAAAGGGAUCCCUCACUGAUUCUGGGCAGCAGCGUCAACAACAACAAGGAGAACCAUUUCCGUGAGCGCUCCUACUCAGAGCUGGGGGAGCGGCUGUGGCCCGGCACUCAGGUGGGGGUCUGUGGAAGCAGCCAAGUGAACUCGAGUCGCUACAAGACGGAGCUGUGCCGGCCUUUCGAGGAAAACGGCACCUGUAAAUACGGAGAUAAGUGCCAGUUUGCCCACGGCAUGCACGAGCUGCGCAACCUGAGCCGCCAUCCGAAGUACAAGACGGAGCUGUGCCGCACCUUUCACACCAUCGGAUUCUGCCCCUAUGGCCCCCGCUGCCACUUCAUCCACAAUGCAGAGGAGCGCCGGGGGCCCCCUCCCCUCUCUGCCUUUAACAAGAUGGAGCGCCCUCGGCUGCAGCACAGCUUCAGCUUUGCCGGCUUCCCGAGCUCCAGCGGCCGGCGGGGGAGCCCCACCUCAGUCACACCUCCACCCAUAUUUGUCUCCGAAGACCUGUCAGAGUGGCAGAGCCACCCCUUUGCUUACUCAAGCCAGGAGUUUGCAGGCCUAUUUGGCCCCAGCUUGGGGCCACCACCCGCAUCUGAGCCUCAGGGUCCAGCCCCGCCUUCUCCAAGCUCAACCUGCUUUUUCCAGCCCCCAUCAGAGAGCUCCUCCAGCCCGGCGAGCUCUCUGUCCGAUCAGGAGGGCUACCAGAGCAGCCAGGGCAGUCAGAGCGGGUCCGAGUCCCCGCUGCUGGACGCCUCCCGCCGCCUCCCCAUCUUCAGCCGGCUCUCCGUCUCCGAUGAUUAGCAGUCAAGAAAGGGACAGGAAGAUGGAGACAAUUCACCUCCCUUACCCGUGUCUCCCAUUCUUUAGCUCUGUUUACAGGAGAAGCAGCAAAUCUAAUCACAGAUCCAGAUCAAGUCUCUUCCAAAAUGAUGAACCGUUGGUAAAGCAGAAUCUUAUUGAGGCCCUGCGCCGGUGCGUUGGUGGACUGAAUGUGAAUAAUGGUGUAACGUAGCUCAGAGAUCACAUUAUAGAAUAGUUUAAUAUAACUUAUUAUGGGCAGUAGGAGAAGCAGGGGGGUCAGUGUGUGUUCAGUACAGGGUGUCUCUGUGCUGUGUGUCGCAGCCAUUAUUAUUCUGAUCUCCUGUGCCACAGCCUUGACACCUCCUCGAGGCUUGUGACAACUCAGUGUUUAACUUUUAAAGGAUCAUCACCAUAAAAUGGAACAAGAACGAGUCAGUAGACAGUGAUAUUAUAAAAGUGCCUUUUCAUGGGAGCCAACAGUAGGUCUAGACUUUCUCUUCACUUCUAAUCAUGCCCAGCUUCCUGUUCCCCUGCGUGUCACGCUGUUUUUUUAGAGUCCGUCUGACAGAUUGCUUUUCCUCAGUCCGGCUGGAAUGCUGGUGCAACGUGCCUCUAAAUAUCGAGCAUGUGGUCAGUUAUUCUCCGUUUGCUCACCAGCGACUCUUUCUUUUUCCAACAUAUCUCUGAAGUUGGAGUUAGAGGGUCAGUUUGCCCAGAUUUAAUAUUAAAAUGCAGAUUGUUCUUCUUUUAUUUGUUGGAAUUCUGAGAUAUCCGUUCCUUCCAUCCUAUUUAAAAACAUUCAGCGGUCACAUGUCGCCCAGAUGGGUUUCUGUGAACACACCAGAGACAUGUUUCCAUAUUUAUUUUGUACAAAAUAGUUCCAUUGAUAGCUGUUCACACUGAGGUCCAAAGAGAUGCACAGGAACAGAGACACUUUCAGUGUGUCAUUUUGAAAUUGGAAUGUGCCAAAAACAAGGAACAAGAAAAUAAAAUGUUGUUUUCUUUGGGUAAACUGGCUCUUCAACAGACUUGUUGCAGUUGGCAGGUUCUCAGUGUUGAUUGGCCACGUUGGUCUUUAGAUUCCAACCUGGUUUGAUUAAUUUGAUCCUUUGUCAACAGUGGAGUUUAUCCAAUCCCCAGUAGAACAGUUCUGUCUGAAAUCAGAUGCGCUCCUGUUGAUUCCGCCAUUGUUAUUGUUAUUAUUAUUAUUAUUAUUAUCAUUAUUGUCUAGUUUAUUUCCCAAGGCCUUCUGAGUAAGCGCUUUGGCGAUCACUGCUUAUUUAUCAAAAUGUAUUUAUUGCUGAUCUUAAGCAUUUUUAUUUUGUAUUUAUCUGGUUAAUGAAACGAUAGAAUAUAUAUUUUCUUUUAUGUGAAAUUAGGAUCCUCCGCGUUAAUCACAAGAUUGCGAAGAUCCGUUUGUGUUAUUAUUUUUCACAGUUAAUAUAUUAUACUGCAAUGACAUGUUUUGUAACAUUUGAUUUAUUUACAAAGUGAACCUUAAUUUAAAACAGCAUUUUUAUUUAUUGUUCGCUCCUCCCACAUGUCGGACUGCAGGUGGGGGUGGCAGUCAGUGCCUCAGUGUAUGUUAGAGGGGGGGGGGGGGGGGGGGGUGUGCUGUGCAGCUGCCAUUCAAAUUGAUGAGAAAAGCUAAUUCAGUCAGUGCAAACUAAUCAGGUAACUAAGCUAGUAGCAUGCAGGGUGUGUUUAGAGUCUGAGUUCCCCUGGGGUGCAGGUGGUGCUGGUGGAUCAGGGUUCUGAGGUGUGUCUUAUUGUCCCCGCUCCACCAUCGUGGCUCGUAGGGCUUUCUUUGAGUGUCCCUAAACGUGGAAUCCAUGAUGAAUGUAUUUGAAUGCACGUAUUUAUUGGUAAUAGAGCGGUGCAGGAUUGAGUCCUAAAACCCGGAGUUAGCAUUUUACCACUUCAGGUUCCCUCGUCUCCAAAUCGAUUGCUUUUUAUAAUUUUUUUUUUUUUUGUCUAAGAAGCCUGGAAUAAGGCCUAAAGGUUACACAAGCUGAAGAAAUGUUCCUGUUUAAACAUCACGCCGAACAUUAGCUGCCUUUAAGCUUAGCGGUGGUAGCAGAAGUCAUGAUGUAGUUCAUUUCAAGCCUAACCUAGUUUUUUUACUUUUGGCAAUUGCAUUUACGCUUCAGAAAUCAUAAAGCGAAGUUAAUGAGAGAGAUUAUCUCGCUGAACAAAGUCUAAGUAUAUUAUUUUUCUGCAAUAUUCCCAAAAAAUGUAUUGAGGGAACCAUGUGAUGCCAACUUCCAGUCGGGUACUUCAUGACUGCACCGCUUCUUUGAAAUUUGUUUUAAGGCCUUAUCUAACGUAUAUUGAGAUUGCACUAAACUGUUAGUCAAAAAUAUUUUUGUACUCUUCUGAUUAAUGGAAACAUUCACACUUUACUGAUUUGACUGUAAAACAAUCCACUGCAGCGCAUCAUCUUACAUUUGAACUAAGUUUGUAUUGGAACCCUGUUUUCAUCCCCCAUCUGCAUCUUACAAAAUGUCAAAUUUCCAGAUGGAAACGCCAAACAAUAACGUAGCUUCCUUUUAGGUCAGGCCUCUCCUCCCUGCUGCAGUUCUUGGCAGCACUUUUUGUCAUUUGGAAGAAUGUAAACCGACUCUGGAUCAGAUGUCUGUGCAUAUUGGUCUUUUACUGGGAUUAUUUCUCAUUGGAUUAUUAAAGUCACUGAAUCCGUUUUACUUUGUGACUAAAGCAUUUUCAGCUCUUAUUUUGAAAAGAUCAAUGAGAAGAAUGCCUGUUCCAUGGACAGGCUUACUAGCACUUUGAGUCGUCACAAUGAUGGUGUAAAGGUUAUUUUUGACCACUUUUUUCCCAUGAAAGUGCCUAUAAAUACAUUCCAGGUUUCCCAAAUGUUGUGCCUUGAUAUUUUUCUAUAACAGAGCAAAUUAAAGCCUAACAUGUAUUCCUGUAGGUUAGAGGUUAACAGAAUUGACACAUGAUAACUGUUGAAUGUAUUCUCCAGCAGCCAUUGCUAUUACUACAGUAAUUACUUUGUUCAUGGUUUAUUUUGUAAAGAUUGCCGUUAAAACCAAUAAAACAUGUAUUUAUA